AUGGCUCGCGGGCGCGGCGGGGCGGCCGCGGUGGUGCUGAACGUGGGCGGCGCGCGCUACUCGCUGUCCCGGGAGCGGCUCAAGGACUUCCCGCUGCGGCGCGUGAGCCGCCUCCACGGCUGCCGCUCGGAGCGCGACGUGCUGGAGCUGUGCGACGACUACGACCGCGAGCGCAACGAGUACUUCUUCGACCGGCACGCCGAGGCCUUCGGCUUCAUCCUGCGCUACGUGCGCGGCCUGGGCAAGCUGCGCUUCGCCCCCCGGAUGUGCGAGCUGUCCUUCUACCACGAGAUGCUCUACUGGGGGCUGGAGGGCGCCCACCUGGACCCCUGCUGCCAGCGCCGCCUGGACGAGCGCCUGGCCGACGCCCCGCCUUGCGCGCGCGCCCCGCCGCCGGUGCCCGGGGUCCCCGGGGUGUCCGGGGUCUCCAAAGCCGCGGCCGCCCCGCGCUGGCUGGAGCGCAUGAGGCGCACCUUCGAGGAGCCCGCGUCGUCCCCGGCCGCCCAGGUGCUGGCCGGCGUGUCGGUGCUGUUCGUCGUGGUGUCCAUGGUGGUCCUGUGCGCCAGCACCCUGCCCGACUGGCGCGCCGCGGCCGCCGACAAUCGCAGCCUGGAGGACCGGAGCAGGUACUCCGCCGGCCCUGGGAGGGGGCCCUCCGGGAUCAUCGAGGCCGUGUGCAUCGGCUGGUUCACGGCCGAGUGCGUGGUGCGCUUCCUGGUGUCCAGGGACAAGUGCGAGUUCGUCCGGCGGCCGCUCAACAUCAUCGACCUGCUGGCCAUCGCGCCCUACUACGCGUCGGUGCUCAUGACGGUGCUCACGGGCGAGGACUCGCAGCUGCAGCGGGCCGGCGUGGCCCUGCGGGUGCUCCGCAUGACCCGCAUCUUCUGGGUCAUCAAGCUGGCCCGGCACUUCGUGGGGCUGCAGACGCUGGGCCUGACGCUGCGCCGCUGCCACCGCGAGAUGGUCCUGCUGCUGCUCUUCGUGGGCGUCGCCAUGGCCAUCUUCAGCGCCCUGGCCCAGCUGCUGGAGCACGGCCUGGACCUGGACGCCUCCAACCAGGACUUCGCCAGCAUCCCGGCCGCCUGCUGGUGGGUGAUCAUCUCCAUGACCACGGUGGGCUACGGGGACAUGUACCCCGUCACGGUGCCCGGCCGCAUCCUCGGGGGCGUGUGCGUGGUCAGUGGCAUCGUGCUGCUGGCCCUGCCCAUCACCUUCAUCUACCACAGCUUUGUGCAGUGCUACCACGAGCUCAAGUUCAGGUCCGCCCGCCUGGGCAAGAGCCUGUCCGCCGAGUUCCUGCACUGAGCCGGCCGGUGGCUCUGCGUGCGAGGACAGAGGCGCCACGGGCGAGGGACGCAGAGGGGACGGGAGAGUGGGUGUCCCUGUCAUGGCCGGCAGGGGAGGGGAAACCAGGCCCUGGCCGGGGCUCCCGUGAGAGUCGUUUCCUGGCCUCCCCACCGCCGGUUUUGGAGUCUCCUCGAAUCUGUGCGCU